CCUGAGUCAGUGCCACGACGGUGACACACCAGCACGCUCCCCCCGGCAGGCAGGGCUGCCUCCGCUCCCGAUAAUAAGCAUCCUAUGCUCUUCUGCUCAAGAUGGCGGUGCAGGCAGCGGAAAAGGACGGAAUAGUGUUGAAGAAUGUGGAGGAUGACCACCUGAACGACUCGCUGGGGAACCCCGGCCUCAUCUCACCUGACAAGGAGGAUUUGUCACGUCUCCUGACGGUGCCGUUCAGCGGGCGCAUCCGGGGCGGCAUGCGGCCGGGGAAGAAGAUCAUAGUGAUGGGCAUUGUGGACCUGGAGCCAGACAGCUUUGACGUGAGUCUGACCUGCGGCCGGGACUCGGAGAAGGAGGAGCCCGCGUACGACGUGGCCCUGAAACUCACCGCCCGCUUCAGCGACCGCCAGUUCCUGCGCAGCGCCCGCAUCUCUGGGAAGUGGGUGGGGGAGGAGGCGUCCACCGCCUACUUCCCCUUCAUCCCUGAUCAGCCUUUUAGGAUCGAGAUCCACUGCGAGCACCAGAGGUUCCGGAUAUUCGUGGACGGACACCAGCUCUUUGACUUUUAUCACAAAGUAAAAUCUUUGCCCUCUAUCGACACAGUACGGAUACACGGAGAUCUACAGAUCACCAAGCUCGGCUAACUUCCCCGCUCCCUCCUGCUCCGCAAGACGAGUGCGAAGCAAGGACUCGAUCACAGAUGACCAUGCACACACACCACCACAGCGCACCUGUUACGUCAUCAUCCAUCACCCAUCAUGCAACACUGCAGCAGCAUAGCGACCGGAAACAAGGCUCCGGCGGUGUCAAGUUAGAGCUCAUUCACUUCUCUCCAUUUCCUUUCUCAUUAACCAGGAUCUGAUAUGAUGAUGCUUCGAGGGUGGAUGUGUUUGCUCCAUUUUCAGGUUUCUUUCUCUGCGUUAGCCCCAGUUUUGUCAGAUCAGGGAUCUCACGGCUAAUUAUAGCACAUACAUUUCUCAUGCUGAAUUCUUAAGGGAGGUGGAGGCAGGUGUGGAUGACAGGAGAGUAGUUACAAAAAAAACAGUUACUCAGGAAAUGAUAUCCGGUAGUUAGCAACUAAAAUGAAAGGAAACAGUUGAGUAAAAACCUACAUAUUUGGUAACUAAUUAAAGGUUUUAAAUCUGAAACUUGUGGGCGUAUGAAAGUCCUCCAAAACCUCUUUGGAUAAACUGGAAAAUGCAUGUUGAUGAAGCUGAAAAGGAGACGACAACAACAACAACGUUGGUGGCAAACAUGCUGCAAAAUGAGUCAGUAUUGGACCUCAGCAGUGUUAAGAUGUUCAAUCUGAGUCUUGACAAAAUUCCAGAGGGCAGACGCAUGAUUCUUCAUAUCAGAUUUAAAAAAAAAAAAAAAACUUCUUCAAAGCAAAAUGUUUCCGCCGUUUGACGUGUUCAGAUCUGAUUCCACUCACUCGACCCAGCUGGGUGUGUUUACUGUCGCAGUUUAUCGUCCUCUGACCACAACACAGCGCAGCGUCACGCCCUGUUCUCUCUCUCUCUCUCUGUUCUGGUGCAUUUCCAACUCCGUGAGGCGCUCCCCCUGCCCUCCCAUGGGUUUAUCCCAGUUGUCAUGGUAACACGCUGCAGUCUCACCGACCUAAAUACCCCAAACUGAGGAUUAUAUCAUGACAAGAUGUAUCGGAACGCGUCCCGUACCGCACGCGGCGCGUGUCGGCAGUUUCAGCGAUGGCUGCUCCUCCUCGUUCUCCUCCCCAGAUAGAAAAAGUAUGAUUGUUAACUUUGAAAUCAGGUUGAAUAUUGGACUCUGCUCUCUGCUGUCACACUCACAGAAGGCAAAGCUCAUCUGAAUUGUACACUAAACCAAUAUGCAACUUAUUCUCAUAAAAAAAAAACCCACACACACACUUUCUUCAGUGCAUCUUUAGGAAAGUGUGCAGGCUGAACGCAACUCGAACUAAACUCCAACACCUUCAUUCGACUGUUAGUUGGUUGUGUGGAAGCAGAAUAAGAUCCCGAUAUUGGUAUUUUGAAUGUAUAGUAUUCAUGUUUCUAUAGUAGCAUAGAAGAUAUAGUGAUGCACAGAAUUAUUACUUCUCGUCACAGUUUUUUGGUGGUCUGGCUGGUGCUGUUACAGUCCAUAUUCAGUCCUACGUGUCUCAUGUGUUUUUGUUACGGCGUAAGUGUUUCCUCGAUCAUCAUUCCACACCAGCGUCUCGUCGUCCGCUCCGGAGCAUUCCCGUCUUUGUUUUUACGCAGCCGGCGGGUUUAACAAAUGCAGUCGUGUCUUAAAUUCAUCACAUGGUUUUUUUGUCUCAUCGACCUUUUCACUCUGCGCUGGAUUUCUCUUCCUUCACUGAGGCGGAGAGGAAGUUCUUAUGAAGUUAGAAGUAAAAGUAUUAUGUCUUAAGUUGCUCUGUUUACACCUCAGACGGUAUCAGUUGAACACCUACAGUAGAAGUAGGCAAAACAUAGAUUUUUGGGUACCACAUCGUACUGUAAUAAAAAGGUUUAUAACAAGUAAUUUAUGGGUUUAAUAAUGACUAAUAAAUAACUUAGGUUGUAGAUCACUUACGAGCUGUUAUUAAGAACAACUUUUGGGGUUGCCAGAUUGUGGAAAAUUGUAUUUGUGUCGUUACAUCAAAUACAUCCGGUCCCAAACGUUUCUCUCCUAGGAAUCAUUUUCAUAUGAGAAGAUUGAUUUGUAAGCUCAGUAAUUUGGGGUUAAUGUGUGUAUUACCAUCAACAGGGACACAGUAGAAAGACACUAUCCUCAGACCACAUUUGGCUCAAAACACCCAGUUGAAAGGAACUACCUCUCCUUCUGCUUGUCUUAUUCACAUGAGAACUUUGGCUCUAUAAAUACAGAGACAGACUUCAUUCUGUUAUAAAGUUCAGUUAUAAAUGUUAGUGAAUCAUUAAGAAAGAUUCCUGCAUGGAACAACUACUAAGACAAAGUGAGGACACCCUUCAACUCAAAAGCUGUUCCUCCUAAUGGCUCAUAAUGAAUCUGUAAAACAUGAAUAAUAUAUUUAUUACCCAUGGAUGAAGUCAUUAUUUACAGCUAAUCCCUUGAAGGCGAAUGAUUAGAGAGUAAUAAAUAGAUGAAAACUUGAACCAGGUUGAAGAAGCUUUGAUCAUCUUUUGGACAGAUGUUGUAGUUGGCAGACGUUCACAUCAAACAGAAAAUUAAAUGCAUCGUCUUGAUGCUGCGUCGUGGUUCAGAUCCACCUCAGGAGCAGCUCAAGAAGCAAAAGAGUAGUUGUUGGUACAUCGUCUCACAAGGCUGCACAGAACUAACAUUAAGAGUUUAACGAGCUAAUGAAGGUUUCCCGUCACCUUUUUGCUGCUGUGAGUUGGGAAUAAGCCAUGACAUCUGUGCAGAACAGUUGCACCGACUUCACUGCGGGGCACUCAGUAAUUGAUGCUCACACUAAUGAAGCUCUCUCUCACACUUCUGAGGAAAACCACUUUGUUUAACAUCUCAUUUACUCUCCGUGCAUCCAUCAGCACACAGAGAGGUUUCGUUCCAUACGUGCAUGCACUGAGUAUUUUUUAGCUCCUUUCAUGUAGCAAUAAGUCGCUGCUCUGAGACUCUGAAGGUUUCUUUUUCUCCUGGCUGGUCAGAGGUCUUCCUCCUUUUUUUUUUUUUUUUUUGCGCUUGGCGAGCGCUGGUUUAUUUGGGACACAAACAGGAAAUGAGUACAGUUUGGUAUGAGGGGGCAGUGAAAGGAAGCGAGCCAGUGCGAUGCAUCGUUACUCCAGUGUUGCAACGGAACAAACGUGUACAGAAAAUGUGUAAUAGUGUUGACGGGUUGUGUUAUUAUUAUUUUUUUUGUGUUCUUUCUAUUAACUGGUGACCGUUAAUUUGUAACGCUACAGUUUAUCUGUAAUAACAUGUUAAUAUACACCAUGUGAAGAAUACGACUCAGCUGUGUGUUUCAUGGAUGUGUAAAUACAAGUUCAUGUUCUGGAGUCAAGCUGGCAGCAGUUAACGGCAGUGCUGUUGUGAAGAAUUACGGGGGAGGGAGAUGAACAAUUCAAGGCUUCCUGAAUUAAAGGGCUCGAACUAGGGAGCA